GCGCCUUCAGUAUGAUCCACGCGGCCAAACCUCGAGGAUGCGUGUCUGGAAGAAUAUACAUAUUUUGACAGUAACCCUAUCAAAAAUAUUACAAUCGAUAUAAAUUAGUUCUCAUCGUCUCUGUGACUGUAGGAAUGUACCAAGUAACUAUUGUUCCGUGUUCGUUUAAUUUAUAUAUAGUUACGUUCUUCAAAGUGAACUGAUUUAUGCCGAUCGUCGAUUCAAAAUCACAAAAAAUUCUUCCAAAAUUUUUGAAACGUGUAUCAUUUGAGGAAAUUGGUACGACUGUGUGAAAAAUUUGAAUCAAUUUGUAAUUUCGGGGUUUAAGUCGCAAAAGUUUAAUGACGAAUCUCCGCGUUCCCAUCUCCCAUUUCCUUUCGAAAAUGUUCGUGUUUCGAGAUACGAUCCUUAUUUCUCAGAAAUGGAAACUCAAGGAAACUGAUCUCGACUUUUGAAAUAGUUUUAGAAGCUACGAGAUCGCGAUUUGUUUGAUGCUUUAUGCCAUUCUAAAUCUUAAUCUACGAGUUGUUUCUCUUAUAAGGUUAUACACGAGAACAGGAAUAACAAACGAGUAAUAAUCGAGAAAUAUCGUUAUACGAGACGAAGAGUAAUCGUUUUCGAAAUUACCUGCAUACCGGCGAGAACCAGUUCCAAGCAAAACGGGAUAGAAUUUCAGAUUCUCACUGAUCGUUCUAGAUUCUAGAUUACUUGUAAACACAGCGUGGCCACAGAACCCGCGUGACUCGCACGAGAGGAAAAGAAACGCGUAAUUUGAAUCCAUUAAAAAGAUCGAAAGAUGGAAGGUACUGCGACGACAUCUCGCGGUACAACUUCACGCGCGAAUAGGCAAUAACGAACUACAUGCGUUAAAAUUGAUACUUUAGUCAAAUAAUUCGAAUUGUUAAUGAAUAAAUAGUUUCUAUGAAUACGUGUAUGUUACAUCCGCGAUUUCAAUAGUUUUUAUAGAAAACUUCGAAUUUCUAGAAGUCGACGUGUUGGAGUUAAACUUGCAACGAUCGGUCGCCACUUGAACACUCACGAUAACCCACUUGAUUCUUAAUGAAACAAUUCAAUGAUUCCACUCACAGAUUCAUAUCUUGGUCGAGGAUUCGACCACGCUUUUCUCUAUGAUAAAACGAGAACGAUUCGACAGUCGAUUUUAUUAGUUGGACCUUUACCAAUUUGAAAUUUAAGACGACAUCGUACCACCUCCAGUUCCGAACGCUAACUGCCUGAUGUUGGACACGAGGCGUAAUUGUCGCACAAAUCGCUUCAAUAUAUCGAUUAUCGGGUAUCGUUCGAUUCGGUUAAAGAAUCUCGCGGUGAUUUCCCAGUGCUGUGAAUACCAUGAGUAACAUUGACGUUCGAAUCUCCAUUGGUGCAGUGAAAAGAUCGAAGAAAAGUAUGAUAUUGUGAACGAAGAAUUGUGCCAUGACGAAAGAAAACACGAGCAAGAAGGAAACUGAAGAACUGGAGACGAGAAUUUUAAAGAACUUGCCAAAAAAUAUUCGGCUGGGUUUCACGGGGAAAGCGGGUUGUUGGACACGCGAUCGAGCAUCAGCUAAUAAUGCCGUGAACGAUAAAUCGAUUCCUCCUGGGAGAGCUUGAAACUGUCAUCAUUUGUUCUAGGUAGAGAAGACGAAGGAGCAGGUCGAAUAAAACCUACAGCACGAUUCCUGAACGCCAAAGUAGCGCAACCGGUCGUAAAGCGAGAUCUGAAGAAUCCAUAAACUGACUGAGCUACGAAAAUCGCCCUCCCUGCUAGCGCCACUCUGCCGACGCCGUUGCCCCCGAAUAAACGUCCACCACCAUCGUGAUCGCGUCUCCCCCUCGUGCUUCCUAGUCCUAAUUCGAUUCGCAAGCAACGCCAAGGACGGCCGCCUUUUCCGAAACGUGUCACGCUAACCUUCGCCAAUUUUCAUGUACACGUAACACGCAUAUAGUAUAGUCGGCGCAGUAAAAUUCUGGCUCAGUUUUAUCUCGUCUCGUAACCGUGCGAAACGCUGGUGAACGGUGAGCCGUGAUUUGAAAGAGUAAUUAUGCGGAAUAGAAGACAAAGCGGAGAAUCGCGAGUGAAGAGAAUAGCGAGGCGUUGCUCGUUCGUGGACAAAGUGCCCUAGUUCAAUGAUGACUCGGUGUCUGUGAUACGUGAUCUGUCGUUUGUCAGAGGACAGGUCGAUGACGUUAGAACACGAAUGUACACUGAUCAACGGGAUAACCCUCUGUUGAUAAAAUUUGCCGACGACAUGGAGGGAAACCUGACAAGCUCCUGGACGAGCAACUUAACUGCGAUGCUGUACCAGCUGCCUUGUAACGAUAGCUUCCUUGGAUGCAUCGAGGAGUGUAUGGUUGGCUCAUCAGGAUUCGAUCAUAUGUGCACUGUGGAAAAGGGAACCUUCACGUCAUCGAUGACACUGUUCUGCAAGCCCUGCGAUUACUCCAACUGCGAUGUGAACGUGUCGUUGGUUCUCAGCGGCCUGGAAAGCAUCGAGGGUGUCUUUUUGUCCAGGUUACCGAAAUUCAGAGACUGCAAUGAGACGAAUUUCGAUGAUCAGAUUUUGGAAUGCACGCCAGCGGAGAACGUAACGACAGACAACCUGACGAUCUCUUGUUCGCACAGAACAAAAUUAAGUUCGACGACGAGGGGCCGUCGUUUCGACUGGAGCUUUCUCUUCGUUGCAGUAUUCAUCGUGGCGGGUGGCUUGGGGAACAUAUUGGUCUGCCUGGCUGUGGGACUCGACAGAAGACUGCACAAUGUCACCAAUUACUUCCUUUUGUCUCUCGCCGUGGCCGAUUUACUCGUUAGCCUGUUCGUAAUGCCCUUAGGCGCGAUCCCAGGAUUCUUGGGAUACUGGCCAUUUGGAGUUCUCUGGUGUAACGUGUAUGUGACGUGCGACGUGCUAGCGUGUUCCGCCAGCAUAAUGCACAUGUGCUUCAUCUCGCUGGGCCGGUAUCUGGGCAUCCGUAACCCGUUGAGAACACGGCACACGUCCACCAAGCGGAUGGUCGGCUUCAAGAUCGCGGCCGUGUGGUUGCUCGCCAUGUUGGUCUCUAGUUCCAUCACAGUUUUAGGUAUAAUAAAUCCCUCGAAUAUCAUGCCUCGACCAGGGACGUGCGUGAUUAACAACAGGGCGUUCUUCGUGUUCGGUUCUCUGAUCGCCUUUUACAUUCCCAUGAUCGUCAUGGUAGCCACGUAUAUACUGACGGUGCAGCUGCUCAGACAAAAGGCUCGUUUCGUCGCGGAACAUCCUGAACGGGAUCAAUUUCGAAGGUUGGGAGGCAGAUAUUUUUCGACGAAGGCUUCCUCGACUACUUCGACUACGGAAACCAGCACAUCGUCGUCGUCGACGCGAUACACGUGGAGAACUUCCGGCGGUGUCGGAAGCGAAAGGUGCAAGGGCGCGAGACCGAGCAAAUCCCAACCGCAGCUGAAUUUCGCCCUGAACGGCGCCAGCAACCCGACCGGAAGUACGACCGGGACGAAACUGAGGUCGAAAGUGGAUCAGGCUACACAAACGCCGGAGAACAUAGCCCGCGAAACAAGGAACUUCACUCUGAGGGCCCUCAAGUUGCAGUUGAACGUCACGCCCAACACCCUAAAUCUCAGGUUCCUCGCGGGACGAACGAAGAGAAGAUCGUUGGCUGCGAACGCCGUGGCAACGGAACAAAAAGCCAGCAAAGUGUUGGGUCUGGUUUUCUUCACCUUCGUGCUGUGCUGGGCGCCAUUCUUCCUUUUGAAUAUUUUUUUCGCGGCCUGUCCCGAGUGCUCGGUGCCGGUACACGUGGUCGACACGUGUCUGUGGCUCGGUUACGUGUCCUCCACCAUCAAUCCAGUGAUCUACACGAUAUUCAAUAGAACGUUCAGGGCUGCGUUCAUCAGAUUGCUGAAGUGCAAGUGUUCCAGGUCAGCAAGGCCGGCGAGAUAUCGUUCAGUGACGGAAGGUGGACGCAACGCGAUGAGCCUGUGCACCCCGACCGCGCUUCCAUUGGUCAUUAGUCUUCAGGGUACGCCGUUGUUGACGCCGACACCGAAUCCGACGGCCACACCGGCCUCAGGAAGCUCCUACGUGACGAUGAUGCAUCGCACGCCAACGUCCCUUUACCGUGACAGUUUCCAUCAGCAUGAACACGAUCAGAAUUGUUGAGGAGAACCAAGUGUUCCAGGAAAUGCGAUCGAUGCCACGUGGAACACUCGAACGCCUAUGAUUCUUUUAUCGAGGGAUUUCUUCUUGAUCCGUGCGCUUCAUAGAAGAAUUUCGUCGGGUUUUGAUCGAAAAAUUUUGCCGCGAUCCUAUUUGUCGGAUAAAUUUCUUCGGUAAAACUAUCGUCAACUUGAAACAAUUUUCUAAUUCGAUACCUGCAGAAGGUACAACAGAGUAUCGUAGAAAGAAUAGCAAAAUGUUUUGUCUUUAAACGAGAAGCAAGCAAUAGCAAGAUGAAAUCAAAGGAUAAUACAAGAAAGAAAUGCGAAAGAUACCCGUCAACUUAAAAAUAGUGGUAUUCGUUUUGUUUGUUUGAUCGUGAUACAAGCGUUUGAGUGUUUUAUUGUAGUCUCGAAUAAAAGCGUAGUCUGGAAAUGAAGGAAACGUUUAAAUUGACGUCGACAUGAAAUGCUCGACGUUGACGUUGAUACCUGCCGCACAAUUUUCCCUCGUGUCUUUUCAUGCUCAAUCGUGGUAAAGAAGGCAAGCAGAGAAUCGGGUAAUCUUCAAGUACGAAUAAUACGUAUAUGUGAAUGUGAUAAAACAUUUUAUUAUUAUUUUGUUCGAACGAUGCGAACAGAUUGACCCAGGUGUUUCGUCGAGUUAAAAAUUAUCGUUAAAUCGAUACGUAUGUUGUAGCGAAGUAUGAUUCUUUUAACGAAUUACAAGUAAAACUGCAUGGAAUAAAGAAGAAUAGCGGCGUAUCGAUUCCAUUGUAAUGGUAAUGAUCGUAUGAAUACUUUAUUCACUGAUCCUGCGCUAUUUACUCUUCAAUACACGCCGGUUAAAAUACACUAUCGUCUGUGAUAUCGAUGGAAGGUUUCUUUACUCUGCUGUGCACGUAGAGACUUGUUCGUAGAAAUGUUAUUUAAUUAACGAAAUAAUACCCACAGAGGCAAAGACGAUUAAAAAUAGCGUCCUCUUCGUCUGAAAAUCUCGUCGAUUUAAUAUUCACCGUCUUCGAAAUCUUCCACUUAGUGAAACUUAAAACAGCUUCCACGGAAGAGUGAAUGAAAUUUUCAUAGUUCUCAGGCAGGAAAGAAGUAACAGCAUGAAACGGAGAUGCAAAAAGUCAUUCCUAUUUUACUUUCAUUUGUACUAACUUUUAUUUGACAAAUAAAAAGUAUCCAUUACAAAUAA